UCGUGGCGCAGGAGUCGCUACGUAAAAACAUGGCGGAUAAAGAGGAAGAAGUCAGCUUUAAAAAGCAAACAGUGACCAAACUCCUGUGCAGUUUCUUUAAAGAGGACAAAACCAAACUAAGUAGUGAUGCUACACUGCUCAUGAUGGAUAUGCUGAGAAUAUUUGUGCAAGAGGCUGCUUUGAGAUCGCUUAAACAGGCCGAAUCUGAGGACUGCAACCAAGUGGAGCUUGAGCAUUUUGAAAAGAUCCUGCCACAGCUGCUUCUGGAUUUCUAGGAGAGCCACAAGAUGGAGCCAGAGGGCUGCUAACAUGUUCCUAAAAGCUUUUUGAGAUUUCAUUUUACUGAGUAUAAAUAGAAUUUGCCCCCAAAACUUAAUUCAUAUUAAUAUUGCGUGUCAUGUUUUUAUUUCAUUUAUUUUGUGAUUUAAAAAAAUAAAUAUAAAAAAAAA